GGAAAUGGGAAGGGUUGGUUAUUUCGGAAUCAAACAACAUACACGAUGGCAAAAGAGAGGACAAUAUCAGUUUUUCUAUUUGUGAUUAAAGUUUUUCUGAUCAUGUUCCAUUGUAAUAUAUUUGCGGAUGGUAAAUGUGUUGGAUCAACGUUUCAGCCUUGUUGCACUGAUUACAUCUGGAACGAGGAAAUGGGAAAAUGCGUCCGUUGCAUGGCCGGUUUCUAUGGCGUCAACUGUACAAAAACGUGUCGUUAUCCAAGCUAUGGCACUGAUUGUCAACAAAAAUGUUACUGUGCUGAAUACCAGUGUCAUGUCAUCAUAGGAUGCGUAGAUAUUGGUAGUGGUAAAAUGACAGUGGAAUUUCCAACAUCGAAUUUCUUACUGGGAUGUAUCGUAUGUCUUCUUUUGGUUCUUGUCAUCUUCAAGGUCAUAAAAUUGAUCCCAUCCUAUAGGGGUUACUAUGAAAUCAGACAAAAAUUAAACCGUCAGUCCACACAAAGAAGGUAUGAUUCCAUAAAUGUUGACGUCCGUUCACCUACCGAUACUGUUCUACAAAACUCAUUAGAAGAACAAGAGAGAAAUGAUGACUCUGUUUGAAAUAAUGUAAUUACUGUUACAAAAGGGCUAUAUGGAGGUGAAUGACAAACUAAUGUACCAACAUUAAUAUUUCGAGAAGCUUUAGUUUCAAUUGCUUAUAGGAAUAUGAUGUUUUAAUGUUUAUUUAAUUGCAUGAUUUAAUCGUACAUCGUAUAUUGUAUUUUGACUGUCCUGCCAUUGGCAAUAAAAAUAAGAUUAAAUUGGGUGAUUUGUUUCUCAACAUAUGAUUUGUAAGAAUUCUAAAAUAUGCGACUGAUUAUCAAACAUU